CAGUAUGUACCCGAAGUCAUGCAUCAUAUCCCUCCAACUCCUUCCAUGGCUGCUGCAAGAGAAGAAUCUGAGAAUGUUAUGUUUGGUGCUUUGGAUAAUCUCUUUGCUAAUACAAAGAUUAAGCCUAAGGAUAUUGGUGUUCUUGUUGUGAAUUGCAGUUUGUUUAACCCAACUCCUUCACUUUCUGCAAUGAUUGUGAACAAGUACAAGCUUAGGGGUAACAUUAGAAGCUUCAAUUUGGGUGGUAUGGGUUGUAGUGCAGGAGUUAUAGCCAUUGAUCUUGCUAAGGACAUGCUUCAAGUUCAUAGGAACACUUAUGCUGUUGUUGUUAGCAUUGAGAACAUUACUCAGAAUUGGUACUUUGGGAACAAGAAAUCUAUGAUGAUCCCAAAUUGUUUGUUCUGUGUUGGUGGUUCUGCUGUUUUCUUGUCCAACAAAGGCUCUGUUAAGAGAAGAGCAAAGUACAAGCUUGUUCAUGUUGUGAUGACUCAUAAGGGUGCUGAUGAUAAAGCUUUCAGGUGUGUGUAUCAAGAACAAGAUGAUGAUGGCAAAACUGGUGUUUCUCUCUCAAAGGAUCUUAUGGCUAUUGUUGGUGGGGCUUUGAAGACUAACAUCACAACUUUGGGGUCUCUUGUUCUUCCAAUAAGUGAACAGCUUCUGUUCUUUGCUACUUUGGUUUUUAAGAAGCAUCUGAAUGCAAAAGUGAAGCCUUAUAUACAUGAUUUCAAGCUUGCAUUUGAUCAUUUCUGCAUUCAUGCUGAUGGGAGAGCUGUGAUUGAUGAGCUUGAGAAGAAUCUUCAGCUUCUGCCUAUGCAUGUUGAAGCUUCUAGAAUGACACUUCACAGAUUUGGGAACACUUCUUCAAGCUCUAUUUGGUAUGAGUUGGCAUACACUGAAGCCAAGGGAAGAAUGAGGAAGGGGAAUAGGGUGUGGCAGAUUGCAUUUGGAAGUGGAUUUAAGUGUAACAGGGCAGUGUGGCAGUCACUUAGGCAUGUCAAGGCUUCACCCAAGUCUCCUUGGGAAGAUUGCAUUCAUAGGUAUCCAGUGCAGGUUGUUACAUAGCUUUAAUUUCUGCUACUCUCUCUGGUACACAUAGCAUAAGCCAAUAAUCAAUCCUAUUCAAGGAGAUAAUAGAUAAUGUCUCAGCUGUUCAAUCAUCACUUUAGAAGCCUAUUUUUGUUGUUAUUUUUAA